GAUGUUCAGACGUGUAAUUGUCCUUUGUGCAAAAUUUCUGUCAAAAUUUCCUACCAAGAUGUUCUCAUUUUGGAGCAAUUUAUGAGGUUGGAUGGGACUGUUCUUCCAAGGGAGUUGACAGGUUUAUGUUCUGAACAACAACAACGCUUAGAACGUUGUGUAAUGGAAGCGCAUUGGUCUGGACUGUUCCCUGACCGAACAAUUCCCGAAUUUGACCGUUCUGGCUAUAAACGUUUUAAUAGACAUUGGGAUGAUGAUUCUGCAAUGUUUCGACUUGAAUACAAAAUGCAGCCUGGAAGUUGGUUUUAUAUUAAAAGAUAUAAUCCUAGAGCGGCAUUGUACAAGAAGAGGGAAGAAGAGGCUACUGGAUAA